UUCCGCGAAAAGCUUACGACGGCAAUAGUAAACAGCAGAGUUAUUUCGGUUUCCAUGGCGUGAAGAUGGCUCCCUUUCCAGACGAGGUGGAUGUUUUCACAGGCCCACACUGGCGAAUGAAGCAGUUAGUGGGCCUUUAUUGUGAGAAGCUGUCGAAGACCAACUUCUCGAACAACAACGACUUCCGCUCGUUUCUGCAGUCGCUAUGUGCCACCUUCAAGGAGUUCAAGAUGCACGAACAGAUCGAGAACGACUACAUCAUCGGGCUGCUGCAGCAGCGCAGCCGCACAGUCUACAAUGUGCACUCUGACAACAAGCUGUCUGAGAUGCUGACGCUGUUUGAGAAGGGGUUGCGUGGUGUCAAGAAUGAGUAUGAACAAUUGAACUACGCCCAGCAGCUGAAGGAGCGGCUCGAUGCGUUCACCCAGGACUUCCUUCCCCAUAUGAAAGAGGAGGAGGAGGUGUUCCAGCCCAUGCUGAUGGAGUACUUCACUUAUGAGGAGCUGAAGGCCAUCAAGCAGCAGGUGAUGGCAGAGCACCGGGACCGACGGGGCGGGGGCCCCCUCAAGGUGCUCGAUCUGUGGAGUCAGGCCCAGGAGCUGCAGCGUGCCUUCAAGUACUCUGUGCACGAGAAGUGGGAUGAGGAAUCCGAGAAGGAUUCGAAACGGCUGGACCACAUCUCCCAGCUGCCCCCCGAGGUUCUGCUGAAACUGUUCCAGUACCUGAACCCUGAAGACCUAGGCCGCUGCAGCCAGGUUUGCACUUCCUGGUCCCGCCUGACCAAGAUGGGGUCGCUGUGGAAACACCUGUACCCUGUGCGCUGGGCUCGAGGUGACUACUGCUGCGGUCCCCCUGGGGAUUUGGACGAGGAGCCGGAUGAGGAAUGGGUGCAGAGUCUUCAGGAUGAGGGACGGGCCUACCAGGAGUGGGAUGAGGAUGCUGAUGUUGACGAGUCAGAGGAAGCUGGAGCGGACUCUGUGGCAAUCAGUGUGGUUCAGAGGGAGAAGAGGCUGCUGAAUGGGAUGAUCCAGUACCUCCUGCCAGCCGUUGGACCCUCCGUCAAGUCGAUUGUCCUGGCAUACAGCUCAGCUGUCUCCAGCAAGAUGGUACGGCAGAUACUCAGCCUCUGUCCCAACCUUGUGCACUUGGACCUCACCCAGACGGACAUCACAGACUCUGCCUUUGACAGCUGGGAGAGUGCGGGUGCCUGUGGUCUCCUGGAGCACAUUGACCUGUCAGGCUGCGAAAGGAUCACAAACUUGACCCUGGAGAAGCUGUCCAUGGGCCUGGGGGAACUAGGGGACCAGUGCAAGCCUGAGGUGCCAAUGAACCUGCCUGUGGGCCCCGACUGUGAGGGUGGAGUUGGGGCUCGCCAGGCCCUGGUCUUUAAGCGGGGGCCUGGGAGCCUGGUCAGUGUCCCCAUGCAUGUCUGGGUACUGGACCCUGCACCCCCUCCGGACAUCGAGGAUGUGGCCGAGUGGAGGCGCGGCCCCGACGGGAGAAGAGGGGCUCAACUCACCCCACCGCCUGCCAGUGGAGUGUGCUGCUGCAGGAGGCGGGGCUUCAGGACUAACAGCGGCACCCCGUGCUGGCCUCAAUAUGUCUCUAUGGGGGAGUCGGCAUGGUGUGGGCACUCUUCCUGCUGUGGGGUCUGGGAGGCCCCAAGGACUGUGGAGACGCUCUGGGAGGCCCCCAUGGGGCCCAGCAGGCUUCGGACUAAAUGCCAGGGUUCUGGUGACCAAAGGACUAGAAACCCAGAGUCUCUCCGGCGGCUGCGUUUCCUUAGCCUCUCUGGAUGCUUCCGUGUCACUGACCUUGGUCUGAGGCUGCUUUCUCAGCAUGGAGGUCUUCCUCACCUAAAGCAUCUCAACCUGUCUGGCUGCCUCCUCAUCACAGGGAUGGGGCUUCAGGAACUCGUGUCGGUCUGCCCCUCCCUUGAAGACGAGCACUUCUACUACUGCAACAACAUCAAUGGUAACGCAGUCUCUCUGAUACUACCUCACUCUGUAGUAGGCUUUUCACCAGAACUGUACUCCAAUGAUCACACAUUCACUCACACGCACACUUGGCAAUCAGUGCUGCUGUUAUGGAUGGGGGGGAAAAGCCAACCGAUGAAGCGGUGUGGUGCUGACGACCAUGGCUGUUACGGUACUUUGGAGCAUAUAGUGUACUGCUUAGUGUGCACUAGUGAAGCUGUAUGUAUUGGGCAAAUGUACUGUGGCCAGUCAGCAAGAACACAAAUAUUACUUAAGCUGAGCAGGAUUCUGCUACAAUCAAAUGGGCUGAGUAUACUAAUGUACAUACAGGACACAGCCUUUGGGGGCAAAGGGCAGGACUGCUUUCUAUAUCUGAAGACCAUUUCUGCUCUACUCGGAGACUUCAGAAUAUGGACGACUGAUGAAUAUGUGGGUCAUUUGUCAGAGUCCACAGUCAGUAUCUUCAGUGGUUUCUUGAUCGUCAUGCUAUGUUAAGUUUGGAUUUCACUGGCUCCUCUUUGGAUUCUCCCAACCCCCCCCCGGAGUUAAAGAUGGUGUUUGGCAGAAGUGUUUCUUGUAAUGCGGCAGCUGUACUUAAUGUUCUGCAUGCUUUCAUGUGUCUGUUCCCCUUAUUGAAAUGUAAUGCCUCGUUUAACAGCCCCUUUGUAGCAUGCAGAAAAGGUGACAUAUAAAGGUAAGUAAUGACCAUGCUACAGAAGCAGCAAAUCCUUAAGGGUAAAUGUCAGGUUCAUUCUGAAUUAUCUGAUGACUGCUUUUCGUUAUGCAGGGUUAUUAGUUUACUGUUAUCUUUUAAUUAGACGAACUUUAAAAUCUGAUAUGUAGCUGGACUAAGGAUCUUCAUACGCAUCAUAUAUAGUAGCAGCAGUUGAUGGAUCUGUCCUGUAAUAUGAUGGCUGCAUGGUUCGAUACAAGGAUGAGAACAGUAUCCCACUACUAGCUAUAUAUUUCCAAAUUUAACAGUUCUAUUUCAAAACAGAUUUUCUCCAUUAAUAUGGCAGAAGUUGAAUUGGAUGCUCUGGGUGUUAUGUCUUUACUUAUCAGUCUGUACAUCUCCGGAUGGCUGUUUCCCACAGGGGACACACAGCUGCUAGUUAAAUUUCUGCCCGACCGCGAAGCACUGGAGUCUAACUGUGCUAUUCCUGCCUCUGUUUCCCUCUCCAGGACCCCAUGCCGACACAGCCAGCGGCUGUCAGAACCUGCAGUGUGGCUUCAGGGCCUGCUGCUGCUCAGGGGAGUGAGCCCCGCCCCCUGCUUGGCAUAGCUCCCCUCUCAUUGGCUCCACACUUGCACUUUAACCUAGGAAUAUCAUUUGCUGUCAUUUCUCACCUUCUACUGUUCAUCUGUGAAACAAGGCAAAAUUUGUUACCCUGUCCCCCCCGAUUUUACAUCUUUGAGUCAUGGCAGGGGAAGGGGAGAGCAAACUGGUGUUUCCCUUCCCUUUUAAAUUUUAGACUCAGUUUUGUUUUACUUGCAAUGUUCCAAGUGUGAUGGUUUGAGUCUGUCAUUUAUGUGCAUAACCAGUGCUGCAGUAUUUACCACGUUACUAUGGGUGGACAUGGAAUUAGGAGAGGUGGGCUCACUCCUCGCUGCUUAUGGUUUCGAGUGAUUAAACUCAAUCUGUUCACGCUGACUGGAAGCGUGAGCCUCCUUUGACUGUAGUUUCCAAGGGUAAAAGAAGCAAAUAUACGCUUACUGACUAGAAGCCAAGAAAAAUGAGAACUAGUAGAGCCUUAGAAGUAAACAAACAGUUGCCAUUUCAGACUUUGUGUCCUCUGAGCUAAGUUGGUAUGUUACUAGUAGUUUUUGGAGGUGUGUGAUGGGAAAGGGGUGAAGGAUACUGCACCCAUCUCCAUAGCUUUUGAAGGUAAAUGAAACUGUACUGGAGGACAACUGGGCUGAAGUCUGAGUGCCCUUAAGUUCUGUUUUCCCUCUGCAGAUGUUCUGUUCAAGGUGUCUGGGCAAGAGUCAUUCAUUUUGUAUUGAUCAGCUAUGAAUCAAAUCUAGGUUGUUAGGUGGAACUUGAAUCGAGAGCUGUUUGUCUGCUGUCAGUCCUCAGAGGGACUGUGAGAUUGGGCCCUUUUGUUCUGACAAAAAUAUGGGCAACAGGCUUCAUUGUUUUGUGUCAAAAUUCCUUGUUACUCCUGGACUAAUCUGUGAAUUUUGGUCUAAUCAAGGUGUUUAUUUUAGAGAGAUCUGUGUCCCUGGGAUUUUUUUUUUUUUAUCCACCACCUCUGAUGGAAAUAGGAACUUGUAGCAGAUUUUGCUGGGAACUACAUUUGCUUGUUCAAAUAAAUAUUGCAUGAUAAAUUUGCUUGAGGGGAAAAGUCCUCAAAUACAGAACAAUAAAAGUAUCUUGAUUUAAAA